CCACCACUACCUAGUUACUUACAUUACAGUACAGUACUUGCUAUAUAAAUUCCAGCCAAGUCCUUUCCUCCCUUUUCUCCCGUCACUCAUUCCCGCACUUCACCUCUGCGCCACUUCGCUAUGGCCUGCUAUCCAAGACUUCCAUACCCUGAUCAGACAGGCCUCAACGGUCAGUUGAUUGGAUGGACUCGAGUGGGCAAUUUCACCGCCGUGGCCACGCUUCUGGACAAUCCAGAAGCAGUGGAUCUGCCCAGGCAUGGAGAGACGGCACUCCAUGAGGCAAUUAGGUAUAAACGACUUGACUUGCUCCGGUACCUAAUCGCCCGUGGAUUCGACGUCAAUCAGAAGGGUCCUGACGCAUAUGGCGCAAUUUGCUUAACACCUCUGCACUUUGCAGCCGUAGGGAACUCGGCCGAGGCGGUGGAUAUUCUGCUCUCCGCUGGGGCCGAUGCCACUGUGGACGAUGCUUCAACAGAUGGGUCGUCAACGCGCGGCAUAUUCUCAACGGGAGAGGACAAGGGGCCACAUACACCGUUUCUGGCUGCAGCAGUCUGGGGCUCUGACGCCGUGGUGCAACGCUUGCUCGACCGGCUGCCUCCAGGCACCAUUGCUGAUCACGAAUGGCCCCUGGCUUUGAGUGCAGCCUCGUUGUAUCGCCAUCCCAAAGCUCUGGCCGCCAUCCUCCGUCACUACCCCGCCCCGAUGGUACCACAAGAGAUUCUUGACCGGGCUUUGGUGGAGGCUGCCGCAAAAGAGGACCACAACGCUGAUCUUGCGAUGUUUCCGGCUCCACCCGAGGAAUCGUGGCAAAGGGGGCUGGAGACCGUCCAACUCUUGCUCGCCCAUGGGGCUCGCCCGAAUCCACAGCGUCCUCCAUUACCCCCAUCCAUCUAUCGAUCCUCUAGGGUCAAGCCCCGACCGAUUAUCGAAGCGGUCGUUGAGACCUCCAUGGGCAUGGAGAUGCUUCAGAUGCUCCUCGACCACGGCCUGGAGCUCCCUCAGCCUUCCUCCACCGAGAGAAAGCCAGGAGAGCCUAGUCUCUUUGCCCGGGCAGUGCACAACGGUAACCCCGAUCUGAUUCACUUUUUCCAUGAGUAUCAAGCAGCCGUGCUGGAUGUCAACGAGGAACUCCCGGAAACGCACCUAUGGACGGGCGGAUCUCUACUCCAUGCCGCCGCGAAAAAUGGUCGUCCCGAGACCGUCCAAUUCCUGCUGAACCACGGAGCGGACCCCCUGCAGAUGAACGGUAAGGGGUGGCUCCCCAUCCACCAAGCGUGUCAGCAGCGCCAUCUCGCGGUGAUUGAGCUACUUUGGUCGUGCAGCAGCAGCUCACCCACCAUUCCAGACCUGGCCAACUAUCGCACACGAGAUGGACACACGGCGUUCCACCUUGCCAAGUGCUGGAGCGCUGCCGACGACCCCGCGGUCGAGGCGCUUAGCAUGCGCCUCUUCUACUUCUUCAAGGACAAAGGCGCCGAUCUGAGCAGUCUGAAUGCCCAUGGGAAAAGUAUCCUUCACUACAUUCCAUUCUAUGAUGAGGAGCGGUUCUGCGCCAUCAUAGAGGCAGGCGCGAGGCUGCGACCGGACGCCGAGGGCCAGACAGAGCUUCACCACAGCAUGCGCGAGCCAGACUGGGAGUUGCUUGAUGUUAAAUUCUUAUUGCGGCAAGGCGCCUCCAAGGAUAUCAAUGCGCAGGACAACAAGGGCCGCACCCCGCUGUAUUUCUAUCUGGAGUGGAAUUUCUAUGUUCCAGGCGAUGAGCAACAAAUGCGGGCGGAGGUUGUGGACCUCUUGAUGGAGGCCGGGGCGGAUGCAGAUAUCCCUGCGGCAUCCGGGAAGACUGCUAGGGAUGUUGCGAAGGCCAAGAAAUUUCCGUAUGAUUUCGACAAAUGGAAAACUGAGGGGUAAUGAUUUGAUGUAUGAUCGUGAAGAACAAUUGCGGGAUAGGAGGCGCAUUCAGUAAGGAGAAUCCCGGAGCCACCCAAUAUAGCCACACACACAUCGUUUACAAUUGACGGGAGGCAGCGUGUACAGUAAGGGAAAGGAAAAUGACGCCUCCCAGCGUGAAUCUGCUCUUCGGUGUGGCUUGCUCGACAGAGGUGCAUAUGCGCAGCUGCCUGGGUCUUCUCGCCACUACCUCUCCACAUCACUUCGUAUCGUUACACCCAUGCUAUUUCGUCUUGCAGAUUGGUUCCGUAGUAUAACAUCUAGUGAAGAGAUCUACGGUCGAGACGUCGUGGAUGAAUGAACAUCACGCGUAGCAGAAGAACUGCAAAGUGAACUCUAUCUCACUUCUAAGCAGAGCCCCGGCCGGUAACUAUAAUUCU